AUGCUUCAGCGUCGGUGUGUGUGCUCGUUAUCAGGCCAAACCAAAACAGUCCCAUCUUCAAGAGUGAAGAAGAUCUUGAGGUACGUCAAGGGAACUGUCAAUCUGGGGAUCUUCUACUCCAAAGGAUCCAACAGAAAUCUUGCUGGAUAUUGUGACGCCGAUUGGGCAGGAUGUGCAGAUGAUCGGAAAAGUACAAGUGGAGGUUGUUUCUUCCUUGGGAACAAUCUUAUUGCUUGGCUUAGCAAGAAGCAGAAUUCUGUGUCACUAUCUACUGCAGAGGCUGAGUACAUUGCAUUGGGAAGCUGCUGCACACAGCUUAUAUGGAUGAGACAGAUGUCAGCCGAUUAUGGGAUGGAGUCUGGACCCUUCUUGGUCUACUGUGACAACAAAAGCGCCAUUGACAUAUCAAAGAAUCCGGUGCAGCACUCAAGGACUAAGCACAUUGACAUAAGACACCACUUUGUUCGUGAAUUGGUGGAAGAAAAACAGGAGUCAAUUGAUUCAAUGGUGACCGCGACUCGACAAGGGAAUCCGUCCAAGUCAACCCGAUCCGAAGAAGCACAUCGACGGAUCCGCCUCCACCCGGUCCAAAUCGACGAACCAGCCCUGAACGACGAUCCAAGAUCCUCCGCCGCCGAUUCAUCAUGGACGAAGCCGCUGACGGAAGGAGAUGAAUCAGAUGGAGAUGGUUCUUUUGAAGGAGAAACCGUCUUUCGCUACGGCCGAAGAUGA